CAGAUCUUCUCAUCGGUGUAUGGAAUUAUGAUAAGAGAUGGAAUUAUGCUUGUUUUCUUAAAAAUGGCUUAACAAGUCAUGGACGAGAGGAUUCAACAGAAAUGUAUUAUUAAAGCUAUUAUUUAGUUAGCAUAGUAACACGGAAAGUGCACUGUUGCUCGGGACAAUCGACGACCACCGGGUGGGCGAACUAGAAGAUGCAAAACCAGUGCCGUAAACAUCGUGAACGUAAAUAUACGGUGUGCGUUCUGUGUAUACGUGUUACGUUACAGACGUCGUCUUCUGUAUCGUGUAGAAUUUUCAUGAUUCUUAUCGAGAGUAUAUUGGUCGUACUUCAGGUUUGUGUGAGCCGCUCAGCCGAGGCAAGUUAAUUGUCAGAGGUGGACAGUUUCGAGCCAGGUUAUAUACCCUGAGAGAUGCACGGUAUUGACAGUGGUGAGAAUAUCAAGAAGAAGUAGUUGAGUUUUCGUUGGGUGUGUGUGAACCAUCGAAGUCGGCCGAGAGGCGGUCGCGUGUCGUGAACAUUGGUGGUACGCGGGUUGAGAGAAAAGGGUACUCGAUCGCCGAAACCCGUCGGGCGUCCCACUGCUCUAGGGGUAACACGGUGGGUGCAUAGCUGCGCGGUAUGAAAAAAUGAUGUGAUCGAUGGUCAUCAUGGCGGCACCCAUGCUAAAGUGGAAGCGGAUCACAAAUCCGUCCGGACCCCAGCCAAGACCCAGACAUGGACACAGGGCAGUUGCUCUUAAGGACCUCAUGGUCGUUUUCGGCGGUGGAAACGAAGGCAUCGUCGAUGAGCUUCAUGUCUAUAAUACGACGACCAAUCAAUGGUUUGUACCAUCGACAAAAGGUGAUAUACCACCUGGCUGUGCUGCAUAUGGAUUCGUCGUUGAUGGAAGUCGAAUUUUAGUCUUUGGGGGUAUGGUAGAAUAUGGAAAAUAUUCGGAUGAACUUUAUGAGCUUCAAGCGGUCCGAUGGGAAUGGAAGAAAUUGAGACCGAGACCACCGGAAAAUGAUCCACCCCCCUGUCCCCGACUGGGACAUAGUUUUACCCUUAUCGGCAACCGAGUUUUCCUUUUCGGAGGCUUGGCCAAUGAUAGUGAAGAUCAUAAGAAUAAUAUACCAAGAUAUCUGAAUGAUUUGUAUACCCUUGAACUACUUCCUAACGGGCUGACAGCUUGGGACGUGCCACAAACCCAUGGCCAUGCACCACCACCCAGGGAAUCUCAUACCGGGGUCUCUUAUACGGAUAGUAAAACGGGAAAAACUUGUUUAGUAAUUUACGGCGGUAUGAGUGGCUGCCGUUUAGGUGAUCUGUGGUACCUAGACGUCGAUUCGAUGACUUGGCACAAACCAGAGGUCGGUGGACCUAAUCCGUUGCCGCGCUCCCUUCAUACUGCCACGUUAAUUGGACAUCGAAUGUACGUGUUCGGAGGAUGGGUACCACUCGUUUUUGAGGACGUCAAGGUUGCGACACACGAGAAGGAAUGGAAGUGCACAAAUACAUUGGCUUGUUUAAAUAUAGAGACUUGGACGUGGGAGGAGUUAACGGUUGACACCCUAGAAGAAAAUGUUCCUCGCGCACGUGCUGGUCACUGCGCAAUCGGGAUGCAUAAUAAACUAUACGUAUGGUCCGGUCGAGACGGAUAUCGCAAAGCUUGGAACAAUCAGGUUAGGGUGUGUUGUAAAGAUUUGUGGUACCUCGAGGUCGGUAAGCCAUCGGCGCCAUCCAAGUUGAACUUAGUCAGAGCCAGUUUGCAAGCGUUGGAGAUUCAAUGGACGCCGGUCCCAUCCGCACAAUACUACAUAUUGCAAAUUCAGAAAUGCAAACCGACAGCGGCGACCGGAACCACGUUCCCUACGGUCGGCACCCCGGCAACCGCCGCGACGCCUACUACAACAUCGGCGAUGGUCACCCUCGCGACCGAUUCAGCUACAUCUUCACCCAUCACCGCUGUCCCAGAGCUUCCUCAAACACCAACAACCCCGACUGUCAGACCGUCCAUACCUCCGCAAACUCCGGUCCGAGUUCAGUCGGCUGUACAAAGUCCAGUUCAGAAACCAGUACCAUCACCAGCUGUACCGAAACCGUCGAGCCCGAUGACUCCAAGAGUAGCCGGAAAUCUGAUCAGAAUCCGUUCUCCCUUAGUUACAACUGCGCCAGCGGCAACUACUACCGUUACCGCAGUCGCGACCGCUGCCGUCGUUGCGCCUGCUGCGUCCGCCGUUGUUACUCCUGUCGAGCAAACGCCGACUUCGAACGCUGCAGUGGCCAGUCAAACACCGGCGGCUAUGUCGGGAAUCGCUGCGCUGGCUGCCGCGGCUGCGGCUACUCCGAAAAUAAAUAUGAACAACGUACCGAUUAUUCCGCAAUCGACGACCAACACGAUCAGGAUGAAGAGCGUUCAGGCCGGUCAGCAGAUACGUUUCGCCGCGCCCGGUGCGACGGUACUGCGUACGGCCACGGCGCCGCAAAGCAAGCAGAUCAUCCUACAGAAACCGGGACAAAAUAUACCUGGUCAACCCCAAGUCGUGCACCUGCUUAAAACAAGUCAGGGUAUGGUAGCAACGAAAGCUGUGAGUCUCAUCCCUGGCAAGCCUGUCCAAGCGACGGGUGCCAAACCGCUUAAUCAAGGACCGACGAUAUUGAGAUUAGUAAAUCCCAACACCGUCCAAGGCUCAAAAAUUAUUACCACUAUGAAAACGUCUAGCAUCGUCGCGAUGAGUAAAGGACAGAACAUCAGCGGUAAACAAACGAUAAUGAUUACGAAACCCGGUGGUAACGGCGGACUCGUCGGUCGCAAUCAAAUAAUAGUAGUAACAACAGGAUCUGGGUUAAGAGCCGUGCAAGCAGUUACGACUUCUCAAGCUGGUAGCGGUCAGACAGCUAAUAUUACGACACCCGUAAAUGUUUUACCUCUGUCUGCUACUAAUCACGUAACGAAUCAACAAGCAGUGAAGAUGAUCGUCGUAUCAUCGGGCGCUAUGGGUGGUGGUACCACUGGGAAACCUAUUACAAUCACGGUUCCAGGCCAGGGAGGUGUCCCGAAAACCGUGACCAUCGCUACCAAGGGAAGCCCACAAGCAAUCUUCAAUCCUGGCAAGAGCCAAAUCGUCACUAUGCCACAGAUACAGAAAACACCGGAGACCGUGACAGUGGCUGGUAAACCUGUGACGUUGCAAAUGCCCGGAGGUGCUAAAACUGUUACACUCAUGCCUACGAGUAGCACGAUAGCGACUACCUCGAGCGCAUCGGAGACGAUAGAUACGAGUAAAAUGUUAUUCGUUCCAUCGCAGAAACAACCAUCAGCUACAUUGGCAUCGACAUCCGACGGCCCUGCAACUACAGACGCAGCGCUAGCCGCGUUGGCUGCAGAGGCAGGUUUGAUCGAUCCGGUACAAGAACCUUCCGGCGAUCUUUCAUUCAUGGUGUCUACAGACGACGGCGGCGCGGGGGAUAGUAAAAUGGAAGACAAUUGCAACGGCGACGAGACCACCACUGCAGCCGCUUUAGUUUCUCAAAUUGGAGCCGGCGAAACCAUGCAAAUCGACAGAGACGGGAACUUCUUGAUCCCUCAAGUCGACGGCGCGGCGGAUCUGCUUCUGUCUGACGACGACGAGGAAAACGAGAAGAUCGAUUUAACAGACGAUCCCGCGUUAGAAAAUCAAGAGGAGACGCAGAACACGGAUUCAGCGAGCAUGGAGCAGGACGCAGAACCCGUGCCGGCGGAGUCUGUGCCGAUGGAAGACGAACCUGCCAUAAAAGACGAGUCGCUUGAAGAUACAUCUGAACUUCCUGCUUCCGCAAACGCUGCGGAAGACGUUCCGAUAGAAGCAGAGCCUUCCGAGCAAGCGGAUGAGAACGAAGCACCUGCCGAGGAUACAAACGAGCCGGAGGCAACGAGUGAACAUGACGUGAAAAUGGAGAACAGCUCUUUAAACGAGGAUGUACAAAUGAAAGUAGAAGAUUCUAUGCAGGAUCACGCGGAAGCUUCGUCAGAAGACGCGUCUAUGCCAGAUGCCAUGGAAUUACCAGAGAACGAAGAAAGCGAAGAACCUGGCAAUAUGAAGAUCUUAGCGAUGGACACGUACAGUCCUGAAGAAAAGUCGGCUGCACCAGAACACUUGUCGACGGAAGAUAGUAUAUCGCAGCCUUCCCAAGAAGAGAAUCAGAUAGAUAAAAUAAAGAGCGAAAUUACGGACACACCGAUGGAUAUCCCGGAAGAUCGGAUGGAGGGAUUGGAAGAUAAUGAUGAACCGAUGGUUACCGCCGAAUCGAAUUUAACAUCUGCCAAUGUUAAUAUUCCUAUUACAACGACGGCUAUCAUGCAAAUAAAAUUAGAGCAUCCCGUCGAGUUGCAUAAACAAGAGAAACUUCCCGAACCAACACCACCGGUAACAUCUGUUAACAACGUCGCGAUACUCGAAAAGGAAAUGGAUAUUCAGAAAGCGGUGAAUCCGGUAAAGAUAGAAAUAAAAUCUGAAGAACCUGCCAAGAAAGAUACGCCACAGCAAGAAAAAAUGAAUGGAACCAGAGCGGAGAACGGAGACGAUUCUACGGCGUUGACCACGUUGGCUACGGCUGCCUUGGGUUCAGCGGAACAGCCGAUGAAAAUAAAGCCUGAUCAGACUGAGAAAGAAAAGAAAGAAGAAGAGUGGUACGACGUGGGAGUGACACAAGAGUCGAGAUUCACUGUACAACAUUAUUAUUUGCCUGGCGACGAUCCUUUAGAUAUAACGCAACCAUUGACGAUGGACGUUUUCGAAGGGAGAACCAAGGUUCCUUUAGAACAAGGAACCAUUUAUAAGCUCAGAAUUGCUGCUGUGAAUAGUUGUGGACAAAGCGAUUGGAGCGAGGUAUCUGCGUUCAGGACGUACGUACCCGGGUUCCCUGGGGCGCCUAGCGCCAUAAAGAUUAGUAAAACGGCAGACGGUGCUCAUAUCUCGUGGGAGCCACCGCCGAACAGAAACGACGGACCCAUUUUAGAAUAUUCUGCCUACAUAGCGAUGGCGAACGCCGCGUCGAACAAUAACGGAGAACCAAAGACAACCGCGACGAAUUCGAACUUAACAUUCACUAAAUUCUACUGCGGUACAAACAAUUCUUGUUCAGUGUCUAAUAGUUCCCUUAGUGCCGCAUACGUCGAUACGACUAGAACACCGGCCAUAAUAUUUAGAAUAGCAGCUCGAAACGUGAAAGGGUACGGGCCAGCGACGCAAGUCAGGUGGUUACAACAAGCAUCCGUAGGAUCAUCGGACGCCACCAACUUCUUGGAGAACAACCCUCAAGUGAAGAGACGCGGUGUAAAUAUACGCUUACAAGGAAGCUCUCCACAGAAGAAGGUGAAACUAAAGAGACCAAGUAGCUAACUUUUCGUGAGCCUGUUUCUCCGUGACCUCUUACAGCCCAAAUAUCCAAACAGCGCUAUUCAUUAUUUAAUUUCCGCUGGUACACACGCCUAACAACGACGAUGAAACAGUAUAUUUCUUCAUAUUAAAAAACGACGUGACAUUACGAGUAAAACGAAAGAAACGAAUGCACGAUAUUAUAGAGCAAUGGAAGAGGUGUCCAUAGCUAAACAUUGAGGUAUAUAAAGCAUAAGGGUUCAAACAAAAAAAAAGAAGUAUUUUAAAUGUUCUAUAUAUGAAUACAAGGUCUUUCUAUACUGCGUUUUCUGACUCACCGUUAUUCUCCUAUUCCUUCGCGGGCACGCGACAAUUUUUCUGUAAAGAUACAACCACGGCGAGUGCGCAUUAACAAACAGCGCGGUGGUUUAUUCUCGAGUUGAACAAAGUUUUUCCACGUUUAUAAAUGCUUUCAUACGAAUGUCGUAACAUAUCGAUGAUGACAGAGAACGCUUACAUCGCCUCUUUCGUACAUAAUUUCAUCCGGCAUAGAUCAGUCUUAUUUUCUGCUACCCAAGUGAACAUAAUACAGUCGUAAAUCGAGAUAAAGCGAAGCGACCUUGCCCGAUAAUUUUGUUCUUCAAUUUUGUAAGGAAGCGUUCAUUUCGUUUCGCUCACGAAAUUCUGCGACCCGAUGAUGCAAAAGUGUAACAAAAAUUUUAUUUCCCUUGUACAGGACAUCGGUGCUAGAUUUUAUUCUGAUUACUUUUGUUACUGCCAAUCGCGCGGAAAUGCAUAUAGAAUCGAUGCACGAGAAAGGAGCACGUAGUGUAAAAUUCUUUUAAAUGCAGAGAUUUCGAUUGCUUUGAAACAUGAGGCGAGGGAUAUAAAUUGUAAAAAUGGGAGGAUAUAAGUUUAAUAUAAUUCACGUUUUCGUUAACGAAAAUUCGAAUUCGGUUGAAAAACCAUUAAAUACCUUGGAGAGUAAAUGAAUUUGAAGAAAGUUAAUAUUUUUAUAUGGCAACGAAAUAAUUAUUUGAAUAGUGUAUCAUUAUUAUAAUAUAUUACGUCUAAUGUAAUGUUUAAUCCUUUAAGAUACUAAGUCAAGGAAUAAGUAUAAAGAAAAGGAAAAAGUUUAUAGACAGAAUAAAUAAAACGAACGGUUAAUUUUUUAAAGGAACGUUCAGCAUCUUCAGUUUUUUUUUUCAGCAUAAUAUAACUUUAAUCGAUGUAAUCGAACUGCUUUUAAAACCGCGGAUUAAUGAAAGCCAGCGAAUCGUUAAAAAGAAAAAAACGAGAGACGAUUCGCUCUUACGAUUAGACAGCUUGGGGCUAUGUUGAACAUGCAAUAAUUUAAGCGCACAUUUUAUUUUUAGAAUUAUUCAUACGAUCCUUCUGUUAUUUGCUUCUAGCUUAAGCAUUAACAUAGUGUUUUAAACUCUCUUAAUAUGUUACGCUAAAACUUUACGUAAUACCUUAGAAAAUAGCAUAUUGAAAAUGUGUUGAUAAAUGGGAAGAAGCUUGAGGACUAAUAACUUUCAUUUGGCAUUACGCUGCGUUUUAACCACGGUAUUUUAAUUUCAGAUUUGUUUAACAAACGAAUCGACUAGUUGACGAAAAGUUAUUGGCUCACGCAUCUUCUUUUGUAAGUUUUGUUGAACCGUAAACGAGAAUAGUAUCGUGCUCAUUUAUCCCGCAGAUGGAAAUUAUUUUCAAAUGUACGUAUGUGUGGUACGACAUUCUGUUCUAUCCAAAUGUAUCGAAACAAUAUUCGUAAUAUCCCAAGCAUGAUAAAGAAACUAUGAAUAAAUAUAGAAAAAGUAUAUCUUAUAUAUGAAAUAUUCGUUAUUUCACUAUACGCGACUUUUAUAACAUGAAUGUGUACUUACACUGUAGAUACAUGCAUCUCUAAACUAACUGUACCUAUACUAAAAUUACUAAAAAAAAGACAUAUUAAAUAUCAUUUUAUCAUAUAAGUAAGAGUGUCACAAUCUAUACCUUGUUAAAUAAAACGAUCGCUGCGAGUUUCAA